AACACCCACGAAAAAGAAAAUAAAGUGUCAUUAAUGGAGUUCGCCUGUUGGAAAAUUUUUGCUCCUUGAAAAUAUCAGUUUAAACCAUUGAAAAAGGCCCCUGAACGGGCCAAAAAUAUUCACCAUGGAAGGCACGGGCGACAUGCUAACGAUUAAUAACUUUUUCGAGAAUGAUAUGCUGGAUGGGAGCAGUGGUUUAGAGUUUCCCGAUUUAGAUUUCAUUUACGCAGAUGCGGACACGCACGCCAACGAGAUCGCGGAGCUGUACAGCUACACCGAACAGCCUGAGUUCCAGCACAAUGUAAAGGCUUUCGAAGAUCAAAUGGAGUACUACAAACUGCCACCCAGCUGGCAGAAGCUGACGGUUAAAGAGCAGCGUGGAAUUAUACUAAAAUUGCUCGAUCAGUUGGACAUGUCGAAGAAAAGCCUCCGCAUGAAGGCUGCUCGAUGCAUUCUUUAUCUGGCCCAAGGAUGUUGGGCCGAAGUUCAGUGCGACCAAGAGCAGCAAACCCUGGCUCGGAACAACGUGAUGCUUCUAUACGAUGCAGGCGUAUUCGGGGCGUUCGUUGAAUUGCUGAAUCUGGAAAUUGACAAUUCGUCAACGGCUAGCAUUGCCAUUCGCAAGGUCGCUGUUUCGUUGGCGGAUUCCGUCGAUCUGAGGGUUAUUCUAUCUGUGCUGUAUAUUAUCACCGAAGUCAUGCGAGCCGAGAAAGAGAGCGGAAACGAAGAGUGCUCCAAAUUGGUGGCCAACUUUACCAAUGAGAUAACCUAUCCCAUCGGUGACGAGCUACUCUCGGUGAAGCUACUGGGCAUGAUUACAAAAUUUUGCAGUGGCUUAGCACCGCAUUUUCCCAUGAAAAAGGUGCUCUUGCUUCUGUGGAAGGUGUCUCUUGUAUCUCUGGGUGGAAUGGAUACAUUGAAAGACCUUAAAGAUCAAUACCGCACCGCUCAUGGUCUUCCCCAGAGCAAGGAAGACACGCUCGAGAUUUCUAAAAUCAUGCGAGCCAGCUCGCCACCCAUCACGGCGCCCUCGAAUGAGGACAAUCAGAAUCCGAAGCGGAGCAAGCCCUUCCGAAGAGUAUGUACGAACACUACUAGUCAGUUACAAGAGAGUCUCAUCAAACAAAGCUCGCUAGACGAACAGGAGCAACUUGGGCUCGAAAUGGAGACACCUUCGACGGAAAAUGAGGAAGAGCUAUCGGAGUACUUCCGCCAGUACGAGGACCCGGUUAACAAUGCCAGCGAAUCGAGCGCGGAUGCUACCGAUGAGAAUAAUGACACGACACCGCCAGCGGAAAGUCAGGAACAGCAGGAGCAGCUAAGCAAUAAGUUACCCUGGGCUCCGAAGAUUCGCCGGAAGGAUAUUGACAUUUUUUUGAAUAAUUCACGGGGCAAAUUUAUCGGGUAUAUUCUGAAGGAUGACCAAAAGACGCUCGCUGGUCUGCCACAACCGAUUCAGGAGGGUUUCCACACGUUGGAGAAGCACAUGUACAUCAGCCUGGCAGACGUACAAAUCAAAAAGGAGGAAGACAUCACCCGCAAUCCCAUUUCCACUUCCGAAGGGGAAAUCACGCAAACACCAACCGAAAUACUCUAUCAAGCAAUACUCCCCAACCUUCCUCAAUACAUGAUCUCGCUACUUAAGAUACUGCUCGCCGCAGCGCCAACCUCGAAAGCCAAAACUGAAAGUAUUAACAUAAUGGCCGACGUACUGCCAGAGGACAUGCCGAUGACGGUGACACAGUCCACCAAGCUGGGCAUCGACGUGAGCCGCCACAAGGAGAUCACAGUGAAGGCCGUCUCCGCCAUUUUACUGCUUUACCUGAAGCACUUCAAGAUCAACCACAUCUACCAGUUCGAGUUUAUGUCUCAGCAUCUGGUGUUUGCCAACUGUAUUCCGCUGGUGUUGAAAUUCUUCAACCAAAACAUCAUGAGCUACGUCGGCUCGAAGAAUGUCAUUCCGUUGAUGGACUUUCCGUCGUGUGUGAUCGGCGAGCAGCCCGAGAUGACGUCCGAGUCGCUUAUCAUUGGCGAUUCAGCCCCAUACUCGUGGCGCAACGUGUUCUCGUGUAUCAAUUUGCUGCGCAUUCUCAACAAACUGACCAAAUGGAAGCACUCUCGCAUCAUGAUGCUGGUGGUGUUCAAAUCUUCCCCGAUUCUCAAACGUACGCUCAAAGUGCGUCACGCUCUGAUGCAGCUUUACGUUCUCAAACUGCUGAAAAUGCAGACCAAGUAUCUGGGCCGGCAGUGGCGCAAAUCGAACAUGAAAACCAUUAGCGCCAUCUACGCCAAAGUGAGACAUCGACUGAAUGACGAUUGGGCAUUCGGAAACGAUCUGGACGCCAGACCGUGGGACUUCCAGGCCGAGGAGUGCGCACUGCGUAACUGUGUGGAUCGGUUCAACAAUCGACGAUACCUUCAGGUGAAUGCGCCGGAUUUCAUUGCCAGCGAAUUUGACGACCCUGUUGAGAAUGAUACCGUCAACGGGGGUAGCAAUGGGGGAAAUGGCGGGAACGGGCGAAAGUCGGACGAAAUUGAACUGAGCGAAGAGUUCAAGCAGAACUAUGAACUUUGGCUGCAGCAGGAGGUUUACAAUAACAACAUCGACUGGGACUCGCUGAUUUGCAAUGAGGACUUCACAUAGAUUAGACUCGAUCGAUCGUCGAACCGGGUAAGUACCGUAACAUGGAGGGACAGCAUAGUGGAUGACAAGAUGUUUCGAACGUAUCGACAAAGUGACAAGCGUGCUCAGCUUAGCAGGUAAACUAUUUAACAAAAAUGUAAUAAACAUUAUUAUGGAA